AUGAGGAGGUAUAUCUACCAUCCAGAUCACCUUGUGGACGUAACAGCGCCGGUGACUGAUCUGAAUGACCCUAUGGGGACGCUGAGGGCCUGGCUUCAUGCCGCUGGCAAUGUCCUGACUGAGCCCUUAUUCAAGGGUAUGCUGCCGUCCUUGGCGAACUUCCUACGUACGCCUGCCGAGUCCAACUCCCGUCCCCUCGGCGACUACACCCUGCGUGAUGUCUCCAUCGGCGAGUACUUUGCGAGCAAAUUUGGCCGUCCGGAUGUGGUGAACAAUCUGCUCUCGGCGUUGAUACACGGGGUGUAUGGUGGUGACGUCUGGAAGCUGAGCAUGGAGUCUGGCCUUUUCCGCCGCCUGCUCCUCAAUGACCAGCUGGAUGUCGAACCCGUUCUGAAAGGCGGGAUGUUCGUCGAACUACAAGACAUAUACUCGGCGCAUGACAUAAUUACACGUAAUGGCAAUGUUAUUGAUGUAGCGAGGAUGAGCAUGGACUGGGGCUUCAUUGGGUUCUUCAACGGCUUCAGUACCCUAACUGAUGCAAUUGUGGACAAAUUGAGGAAGAACCCCAAAGUUACUCUCAAGACUGGUGAAUCAGUCACAGCACUUCGAUUCAAUGAGGAGACUCAAAAUGUGGAAGUUCACAGUGGCAAGACGGAAGAGGCAAAGCAAUAUGGCCAAGUCAUCUCCACGAUAUUCAGCGGGACACUAGGCAAGCUCACCGGCGAUUCUCUACCGACGUUGAAAGAGCAAAAAGCCGUCACUAUCCAGGUCGUCAACCUCUGGUACCCUACGCCUAACCUGAAUGCUCCCCACAGCGGGUUUGGAUACCUCAUCCCGGGCUCCGUCCCGGCAGCGAACAAUCCUCACUGCGCACUUGGUGUUCUUUUCGACUCUGAUCGCGAUUCCGCCAGCGGUCGUCCUCAGGAUCCGACCGUGUUGAAGCGAGGCCGCAUGGAUACCGUCGAGGGCACGAAGUUCACCGUCAUGCUGGGCGGACACCACUGGGAUUGGCUGCCGCCGGAGAACUGGCCCGACGCGAAAGAAGCCGCUGAAAUGGCCAAAGAGACGGUGCAGCGCCAGCUCGGGAUCCCAGAAUCCGCGCAGAAGGGCGUCGUGGCAUCCACCAAGAUCUGCAGGGAGUGCAUCCCGCAACAGUACGUGGGCCACAGACAGAGAAUGCACGCCGCGCACAACGAGCUUCUCGAUGCCUUCCGCGGCAAGCUGACUGUCGCCGGCGGCUCGUAUACGCCGCCUGGCGUGUUGCCGAGCCUGCGGGCUGGGCGGGAUGCCGCGCUGCAAGUUGCUGGGCAUGGAUACCUAGAUUACGGGACGCCACAUACGAACCCCUUGGACCAUGUAGGCGAGACUGGUCUAGCGUGGGCGACUCGGGCGUGCCCCGAUCUCGCCCCAUACAUGAAGAAUAAAGUGCCGUUCAGAUACGGAAAUUGA